AUGAUCCACAACUACCAAACCAACAACGACCAGAAGAUUGAACUAGUAUGGGUUCCAUCGCACGUCUCCAUUCCUGGCAAUGAUCAAGCAGACCGUUGUGCCAAGGAAAGUCUGAGUCUGGAGGAUAUCGAACCUGUAGAAUACUCCUAUUCGGAGUUCUGCAGUAUCGUAUCUUCUAGGAUCAACCAGAAAUGGGCCGACAUGUUACGGAACCUCGACACCGCAAGAUACCAGAUUGAUCCGAAGAUACCAAACCAAACCAAACCAUCCAUGUGUAGCCAUCUGCAAAGUGGCAACCAGACUCCGGACCAACAACGUCUUCGAGUUUUCCAACAGACAACAGAUAAUCUAACCAAACCAAACCAACGACUACCAAUCAACAAGAAAUACCAUGAUAAGAACGAGUUUGGAAGAAUGAAGGAGACCGAGUAA